AGUAUAUCAGUUAUCUAUUAAAAAGUAUUAAAAGUGAAUAAGUGUGCAAUAAAUAAUUAUAAUAAUAUGUCUGAGAAUGACGACUUGUUAGCUAAUCUAUUGUCAGUGGCUACAGAAGAGCUAAACAAUUUGAGUAAAAACAACUUAAAAGAAGCGGAUAUAUUUAAACAGGAAAGCAAUUUAAUAACAAAUAAAAUCUGUGGGAAUGAUUCACGCAGCCUUAUACACAAAGGAGACACGGAUUCUUCUGAAGACGAAGAAAAUAGGAUACAGGAAAAAAAAUACAAUGAAUUUGGUAGGAACAUCAAACAACAAUUACAGACUACAUCAAGUUCCUACGAUAAACAACAAGGCUCAUCUUGGAAAAUGAAAUCAUCUUUUAUAUCUUCCGCUCAAACCCCAAUAUCCUCAUUAUCAAAAAGGUCUAACGAGCCUGCAAAACGUGAUGAUAUAUAUACAGAUCCUAUUUUUGGUAUGCGUAUUGUCAAACCUUUAAUAUCAUCUGCUACUUUGAAAGAACGCAUGGUUGGUCGAGAAGCUGUACCUUUUGCGAGAAUAAAUAACUAUCUACAAACAUGUCAUAAAGAAAAAGAUUGGGUAAUUGCUGGAGUGAUAGCAAAUAAAAGUGCUGUUAAAACUUCACAAAAAGGGACUCAAUUCUGUAUAUGGACUUUAACUGAUCUUAAAAAUGACAUCAAAACAAUUUCGCUUUUUUUAUUUAGCAAAGCUCAUAAAGAGCUAUGGAAAACUGUUGUUGGAACUAUUGUUGGCGUUUUGAACCCUAACGUUUUAGAUAGAAAAGAUGGAUCUAAGGAUGAGGCAUGUUUAAGUGUCGAUAAUCCCCAAAGGGUAUUAAUACUUGGCCUAUCAAAGGAUUUUGGAACUUGCAAAAGUUUGAAAAAAAAUGGCGAACAAUGCAAUGCAAUAGUAAAUCUAAAUCAAUGUGAAUAUUGCAUAUAUCAUAUUAAACAAGAAUAUCAGAAAUGUAGUAAGAGAUCUGAACUUCAAGCAAAUUUUGUAGGAAGGGGCUUAACUGCCUUGAGGAAUAAGGUGCUCGGUAAAAAUGAAGUGUUUUAUGCCGGUAAAUCAUAUAUGGCGAUACCUGCUAAGAAAAGUAAAAAAUUGGAGGUUAGGGACAGCAGUCGACUUGUAAGCUUAAGUGGGAAGAGUACAAAUAUAAUAUCAAAUAACAAAAAAGUAAAAAAUACAAAUAUGUCAAAAAAAAUGAAUGCUGCUAGAUUAGAUGUAUCACCAGCACAAAAAUUACGGGAUAUGGAACUAUUGAAAAAAUUAGAAGGUAGUUUUGGACUUGAAACAAAGAAUUCCUUUUCAGGAAAACAUUCUGCAGAUGUAUCUUUAAAGGAAUCUAAGAAUUUGGCAAUGAAUGUGAUUGAUAAAAUUAAAUCAAAAAAUAGUAUACCGAAUACUUUAAAAGAUAAUGACACUUCUAUUAUAAAUGAAUUAGUUGUAUCUAAAGACAUUGAUAGUAACCAAACUCUGUUAAAUAAGAGUGAUACUUUAGAGGGCAAUAAGCAAGUCGGUGAGAACAUAAAUACUUUACAUAUAGAUUACUCUUCUAUAACGCCUACACUAAAUGCUUCUUCUGUAUAUAAUAAGGAGAGUUCGAAAGAGACUAUUUCUUCACAAUCAAGAAGCAAUCAAUUUUCAAUGCAACAGUUAACAUGUCGCACCUUCGCUUCAAAAGUGUCACAACUCAAAAAAUUCCAAGGUGGAUUAAACACUGUUAUAGAUUUGAACACACCAAUAACUAAUAAACUAGAAAAUAGAGCUAAAUUAAAUGCAAUAAAGUUUGUACAAAAAAAUGGGAGCAUAAAAAAGACAGAUCCCAACAGUACCAGAACCUACGGUAGGAAAAGGACUAUUGAGGAGGUUGAGAAAUCCGAAAGUAUUUCUAAGAAAAGUAAAUUAGCCGACAGUGAAUUUAUAUCUGAUCGUUUUAAAAAAAUGAUGGAGACGACGUCCAAACACACAGAUUUAUUGGAAUGUAGAGAUGACGAAGAAAAAGAAAAGUAUUUUAAGAAGUUGGAAAUUAAGGAAAAGAUGGAGGAAAAAAUGAUUAAUACCCAUAAAGUGCCGUGUAAAGCUGUUCAAUGUCUUAAAUGUAAAUAUACCAGUUUUUCCGCCUCUGACCUUUGUAAAAGUGAAAGACACCCAUUAAAAGUUUUUGACGCUAUGAAAAGAUUUUUUAAAUGUGGAGAUUGUGGCAAUAGAACAGUUACAUUAAAAAUUAUUCCAGUCGGUCCAUGUAAAAAUUGCCAAAGUGGAAAUUGGCAAAAAUCUGGCAUGAUGAAAGAUAAAUCCGUUUUAACCCAUUCACUUUCAAUAAGAGGGGGAGAACAAAAGUUUGUAAAUUCUGUUGUAACGGAUCAAAACAUAAAUUUGUUAGUGCCUAUGGAUGAUUAAUUUAAAACAAUAUUUAAACUUUAAUUUAGUUUUAAAUAAGUUGUAUGUAUUAAUAUAACAUAAUUUACA